AGUGCUCCCUGGGGCUGGUGACAGGGUGCACAGGUCCUGGGGACUCACACUUCCUCACCUCCUGCCCUCUGAGCUGACCAGGCUGACACCGUGUUGGUUUCCUGGAGAACUCAGGGCUCGCAGGCCACGUUGCUAGGCUCUGGAGAGCGGUGAGCACUUGGGGUUCAGCAUUUCUCCUCCUGCAGUGGACACAGCGGGUGUGUUCCCUCACUAGCCAUCUGCCUGAGGCUGACCUUCCCGAGUCAGCUGCCAUGGAUGCAUUGAUCUCAGACUUCCUGAAGAACUUGACUCAAAAGAAUUUCCAGCAAUUAGCUGCUGACUUUAUGUCUCAAAGUGCUGCCUUCAUCAGUAAUGCUGGAGGUGUCAUUCCACCAGAAACUCUCAGUAAAAUUGAAGCAGUCCUCAAAGAAGGGAACCUACGGGCUGCGGUGGAUAUAAUUGAAGAAAUACUCAGUGAGGCCAAAAAUGCUGCCCUGGAAGUGGCUGUGAUCGGCGGGUCGGGGACAGGCAAGUCCAGUUUCAUCAAUGCCCUCAGAGGCCUUGGUCACGAGGAGGAAGGGGCGGCUGAGGUUGGGGUUGUGGAGAUCACCAAGAAGAAAACCCCCUAUAAACAUCCAAAAUACCCCAACGUGACCUUCUGGGACCUGCCUGGGACCGGGACGCCCACCUUCACCCCGGACACCUACCUCGAAGCAGUGGGCUUUGCCACAUUCGACUGCUUCAUCAUCAUUUCCUCCUCCCGCUUCACCUGCAACGAUGCUCUCCUGGCCGGGAAAAUCCAGGAAGCUGGGAAGAACUUCUACUUUGUUAGAAGCAAGGUGGACAGUGAUUUAUAUAAUGAGCGGAGAGGCAAGCCCCAGUCCUUCCAGAGGGAGAGAGUUCUCCAGCUGAUCCGAGACAACUGCCUGGCUAACCUCUAUGACAUAGGAGUGCCUGACCCGCGCAUCUUCUUGGUCUCCAACUUUGAGCUGCAUGACUUUGACUUCCCAGAUCUGCAGAGGACGCUGCUGGGGGAGCUUCCUGCUCACAAGCGCCAGGCCUUCGCAGUCAUGCUGCCCACGCUGUCAGAUGCUUGCAUUGAGCUGAAGAGAGGUUUCCUCAAGGAGAAGAUCUGGCUGGACGCUGUGAAGUCCUCAGCUCUGGCUUUCAUUCCCUUUAUGCCCAUCCUCAAAGGCUUUGAUUUGUCUGAACAGGAAGCGUGCUUGAAGCUUUACCGAAAAUAUUUUGGCUUGGAUGAUAAGUCCAUUGCAGAGACUGCCAUGAAGCUUGGCACAUCAGUGCAGGAUAUCAAGGGCUACACCAGGUGCUUGGAUUUCUGGGCCCUGGUGAAGGAUGACAGCACAGCGGCGAAGGCCAUGCGCUGUGCUGAAAGCUUCUGCUCAGUGAACGGAGGUGUCACAUCUGUUGUCGCCCAGUUUCUGAAAGCCUGCUUUCUACGCUCAAAAUUCCUUGAUACAGUGGCUGACGAUGCUAAGCUCCUCUUGCAUAAGAUUAUAAAUGCUCACAUUUGAGCAAGGGAGAAGCACUGAGGCUGGCCCAACAGAGCUGGAAAUGGACCUCAGGUCUUGCAUCAUUGGGGGUGGUGCUCUUCCUGCCAAUCCUGGGUCAGUGUCCCCGAAGGAAGAAGAAAUCUCUGUUCCGCGAAGAAGGCCAUGGCUGUCCAUUGUACCUCACCGCAGUGCACAGUGGCUUGGCCUGGACUUUCUUCUGCCAGUAUUUCCUAAUGUGAUCAAAACCUGCACUGAGAUACUAUGCAAUAGCUUGCAGUUAAUCUGAGGUAGUCUGCUAAUUCCUUUUAUUUCUUCUGUUCAUAAACACGUUAAAAUAAUCACAACUAGUGUUAUGUGGUCAUUUAUUUUGUUUUUAUUCCAUUUGGGUAUUUUUACUCUUUUUAUCACUAUCUGAAUACUUUCUUCAACCAAACAAAGCAAGAUCCCGGAGCCGGGCCCCUGCUCAAAGCAAGAUACCGAUUCAUUUCCCAGGAUUUAAGCUGCUCAUUUUGUCUUGUAGACAAAGUAGAGGCGAACAGUUUCUUGCAUUUUGAAGAGCAGUUUUAUUCCUCCUGUUCCACCGAAGACAGCAUAAAUGCAAGCACUCUGCAUGUCUCAUGGGAAAUUGCCUAGGGGCAAGAAAAGGUGACCUCAAGAUAGAGCCCCCUGUUGUGCCUCCAAAGCUUCACAGGCUACAGUGUCCCAUCUGGGGCAAUAUUCUUUCAGAAAAGAUCAGGAAAAAGUCAUAUUCAGCAAACUUCUCUUUCUGCAGGUAAGUUUCUGGAGGGCAGUUGGUGGUCCCCAGGCCAGGCUGGUCCCAUACUGACACACUGGGAAACCUUUGGCUGUUUGUAUGCUGUUCUCUCCAUGGUGGUCUCAGUUGGCCCAGUUUGAGCAGAACCUUCCUCUUCAUUCCCCAUGUCCCGCAGGGCAUUGAUCAGAGUGGACUUUCCUGUUCCACUCUCCCCUGUCAAUUCUAUGCUCAGUGGAGAUUUAUCGAUGUCUUUCGAAGCAGAGCUAACUAUAGAAACUGCUUUUGGAAUGUCCCCCUUCUCCAGAAAGUACUCAAUCAACCUGCUGGCUUCCUCUGAGAGGACUUUGCUUUCCUGCUUGAAAUUUUUAAAAUACUCGCUGAAGCUGGAGGCUAAGGUCUUACUCUCUGUGCUGGAGUCUGCGGAAAACAGUUGGCCCAUGGCUGUGAGCAGUCCAGGACUCUAGAAAAAAGACACAGUGGGAAGGUACAUAGGAUGUAGUUUGGUGUCUACGGCAAUGGAUGGAAGCAUUUUCUAUGCAAGGGGACUGGGGAAGCCCUGGUGUCACCAGGUGGCUGAGUGACGGCUUAGCCACUAAGGGACAUAGAGUUGGUGCCACAGGCUCCUCUUCACGUAAACAAGAGGGGAGACCUUGCCAGCUGGCAGCUACAGGGGCCUCUCCUUGCUAUGUGUAAAGCAUUUCCCUGGAGCUCCUUUGAGAAAUAAAGUGUUUUGCAGUAUACAGCCAGCAAGCCCGGGAGCUGGACAGCCACACGCAACCAAAGGGGAACCGACUAGGGGCACCUCAGCCACGACACAUGUUGGCUCAGUGCUGGGCAUUUCCAGGGGAUGUCAGUGGGGAGGACACAUGGGAGGGCACGGGCGUGUGUGCAGAGACUGGUCCUGAAGAACUGAGCAGACAGGGAGAGUGGGGGUCCAGUGCCAGGAACUGGAGGAAACAGAGGUGGACAUCCAAUUCUGCCCCUGUGCGAAUGUCAGCCACACAACACCCAUGCUGCUGUGCUCUCUCCCACAUCAUUUCACAGUGCUUAUGACUACUUCCUUCUCAACAGUCAACUUGUGGCAGCUGGGCAGAGCCCUUCCCAAGGUGCCUGUCCCCUCGUCCUAGAGCCAUUCAGAUGCACUCACGGAGUGUGAGGUGGAGAGAGACUGGGGAGAGGGGGAGGAGGAUUUAUUAAGGUCCUUGAGUGGAUAUCCAUUCAUAAAUCCUCCUGGCGUCCUGGUGGCUGUGCAAGACCAUUCUAAGGGUCCUCCCAGUCACAGGAAGGCUCAAGGACUCUGACAGGUUGUGUCCUAACUGUGAUCUAAUCCUUAGCAAACCAAGGUCAGGGCUGGAAUCCAAGGGAAAGUCCCCCCAAGUGCAGAGCUCUUUAGUAAGAGCCAAAGGCCAAGGCCAGCAUUUGGUGGGGAGAGGUCCAUCCAGGUAUUGGAGUAGAAAACACGGACCCCUCAGCACCUCUGGUUUGAUGAGAGCCCUGUGCUCUGAUUGAGUGUCUAGGUGUGAGUCGGGGAUGUGUGCUGCCAGAGGUUCUCGGGGCUGGCCCUGCCACUGUCUUUCACAGGGUCCUUCAGCAGUGCAAGGGAAAAGCCUAUCUGUGACCGCUGCCUGACAGUAUCCGAAUGCUUGCACUGUCUGUGUGGUUUAUAGCUGUCCACGCACCACCCCUCCUCAGCUUGCGUACCCCUUACAGCCCAAACUGAGCAAACAGUUUUUCCCCCCUCACAGCCACUGAGCUACCUAUUCUUAGGUCUCCAGUAAUUCCAAAAUUUUUUCUCACUCACCAGGUUCUUGGAGAAAACAGGUUUCUGCUGUCAGAGUUGAGCUCUUGUAUAUAUCCACUGGAAGAGCUGAAUGUGCUGGGUGUGGUGAAGCCCUGCUGCCCACACCUGUCCUCACCUGUCCACCUGUUGUAUGUCUGGGUGUAGAUUUAUUUUGGUUAUGGCUAGUUGGAGUUCUACAUGGCUCACUUAGCUGCGUGUCAGAUCCUUUCCCCAUGCAUUACAAGUUUUCUGCAUUACUUCCGUAAAUAGCCUUUUAAUGUCAUUUAUAUUGACUGCUUUUUUGCCGACACCUACCCUUCAUAAAAUAUUUUUCUUUCUAUCAUCUUGCAGCCGUUGAAUUGUUAUUUGCAGGUUCCUUGGAAUUUUUAAGAGAUCUUUCUUUUGUGAUCACCAGCUGCCAUCCUGUCUUCAAGAUCUGAAAGUCUCUCUUCAGUUUCUUUCAGGCAUUUUAGCCAGCUGUUAAUGGAAGUUUUAGUUUCCUGGAUCUCUCUGUGAAUCUGUUUCCCGCACUGUAAUUCCUUUCCAAUGUUGUUCAUUCAAGGUUUCCUUCACUUUCCAGGGCUCCUCUUGUUAUCUAGGUCUUCUUUAGAUAUGCCCAGCAUUUCCUUCACUGUGUUUGUUAUUUGUUGAUUUACCUGAGAUGUUAUUUUUCUGAUUACAUUCAGAGCCUCAUGAAAUUGUUCUUUAUUUCAGUUGCCAUCUCUUCAGAAAUUACAGGAGUGUGACUUUCAGCUUCUUCUGUUUCUGUGUCUCAUGGAAUUGUUCUCUGAGGCUCGGAGGUCUGAGACCUCCUUUGCUCUUUCGUCUUGGCAUUUUCCUGAGUUCCUGCUGAUGAAGCAGUUGUGGGUCUCAGGCUCCCCACGUUGGCUGUCAUCCACAGUGCAGAAGGGUGGGCCAUGCAGCUGGGUUUCUCCUUACCUAGGUUCCCAGGGAGGCCCCGGCUUCCCCAUACAUAGACAGCUACACUGAGGCUCCCUCAAUAGCAGCUGGCAUGCACAAGCUGGCCGGCUGGUUCUCCCAGCCAGUGCUGGUACUGGGCCCCGUUGGUGGCUGGCAGGCUCACAGGGGCAUCUGUGUUCAGUUUCUUCUUCUGGUGUUUACUAUUCUGAAGUGAUGUCCACGUUACAUUCCGGAGAUGUGCUGGGUGUGGAGCUGAUCUCAGCCUCUGGAUGUGGGGCUGGGACUGGUGUCCAUUGGUAGAGGUCUCCAGAGUCCAACUGCUGCCUCCUCACUGCUGAUUCCACAUUACUGGCUUCUCUCAUCACUUGUCCUCCAGAGGUGUGUGUGCAUUCUGUGCCAGGCUGUGGUCCUGGGUCCUGGGGUUCCCAUCAGUCUUACACUCUUGCAAAUGGCCUCCCCUCUGGGAUGCAACGGAUGACGCUCAGAUUGCAAACUCACUGCCUUCCAGCCAGGCCUCCCUGUGGGAUGGGAUGGAGGGGAGCAGAACAUGGACUCCGGUCUCUCAGCUGGGUCACCCUCCAGGAUGUAAUGGAGGAGUGCAGAGAUCCACUGUCCUUCAGCCAGGCCAUCCCCUGGGAUAUAACUAAGGGGCACAGAGCAUGGACCCACCGUCCUCUGGCUGGGCCACCCUCAGAAUGUCUGUGUUCACUUUGUUUAUCUCUCAGUUUGACUCUUGUUUCAGAUUCCACCCGUAAGUGACACCAUGAAAUAUUUUCUUUUCACGUGAGGCUCCCUUCACUUAAUAUAAAGUCAUCAGGUUCAUCUCUGCAUUGGACAGGGGACAGAGACUGACAUGAAUCCCAUGGCCAGUGAGGUAACCAAUGGUGGCACCCAGUGAGACCCUAAAUGAGACCCAGCAGAGUCCCUGGAUGCCAAGGCCCCUAAGACUCUGUGAGUUAUGAAUGCAUCCAUAGGUUGUGGGCCAACAAGUCUGCACCCAUGGGAGAGGCUGUGGAGCUCUGUGUCCCCAGACCCUGCCCCUAUGAGCCCUCUCUGGGCACACACAGCAGCCUCUUUGCUUUCUGUGAGUUCUUCUAGUGCAAAUUUGGAUUUGAGCUCCUUGUUAUCUGUUCCUGCCUAGAGUCCCAAGUUCUGCUGGGAGUCCACAGUAGGUUAACAGAGACAGUCCUUGAACAGGAAACUCCAGUGCCAACUCUCUGCCAGGGACAGGGACAUGGCCCACCCCUGUUUCUGCCUGGGCCUCGCUGCCAUGGAGUCUGGUCUGUGGGAGCUCACAGGGAGCCCUGAGUGGUGUCAGUCCAGGGCUCAGCCCCCUUCUGUGAGUCUGGCUCAGCUCCUGCCUGGCCAAAGCUGGAGUCUGCUCAUAGGGACCUGUGCCCAGGCCCUGGGACGCCCUGUUCUCUCCCCACACAGCAGUCCUCCCCAGUCCCCGAAAAACGAUGAGAAAGAAUAACCAGGGUGCCUCUCACUUCCCCUGCCUGGCAGUGGCCCUGCUUCUGGGAAGAGCACCUUCAGUUUCACUUUCCUGUCCCUGCAGGGUCAGGGCCCUGAGCUCUGGGCUCCUCCCUGCCCUGCUGCUGCUCAGAUUCCUGCCUGAGGAGGGCAGAGCCUGGGGAGGUUUCAGUCCUCAGCUCCUCACUCAAGGUGCAGUUUUCCUGUGUGCUGAGCCUGGCCCUGACCUGCACUGCCCAGGGAGGACAGGUGUGGACAGCAGGGCUUCACCACACCCCGCACAUUCAGCUCUUCUAGGGGAUAUACAGAAGAGCUCCACUCUGACACCACAAACCUGUUUUCUCCAAGGACCUGCUCCCGCCAGUGCCUUUGGCACCCCCAGGUCCUCCUCCUGCACACCAUCUACAUAGAGGACGCCACUUCUGCUUGUUACAGCCUUUGCACGGUUUGUAAAAAUUUGAAGAUGAAGAGCCAAACCUCCUCACAGCAAGCCUGGGGUUUCAUUCGCUCACAUCUGGAGCAGGGGAACCUUCGGGAAGCGGCUUCUGCAAUCAAAGCUGCCCUGGAAGACAUGGAGAAUGAGCCCCUGAGCAUCGCAGUGACAGGGGAGAGUGGAGCAGGAAUGUCCACUUUCAUCAAUGCCCUGCGGGGGACGUGGGAUGAAGAGGAAGGUGUGGCUCCCACGGGGCCCAUGGCGACAACCCUGCAGGCAACUGCGUACACUCUUCAAAGUGCCCGGGGGUGACACUGUGGGACCUGCCCGGCCUCGGGCGCCCUAACUUCCCACUGCAGGAGUAUCUGAAGGAAAUUCCUGAUUGCGACCUCUUCUUUAUCAUCUUUGCUACCCGCCUCAAAUGCAACGAUAUAGAGUUGGCUAAAGCUAUUGCACAAAUCAAGAAGAAGGUGUACUUUAUUCAGACGAAAAUUGAUAAUGCUUUAGUCAGUUGUCAAAAAGCGCGGCCACUGACCUUUGAUAAGGACAAGGUCCUGCAAGAGAUCCGAAAUUGCGGUCUGGCACAGUUGCAGGAGGCCAGGGUGGUAGCCGAUAAGAUCUUCUUGGUCUCCAGCCUUGAUGUGUGUGCCUACGACUUCCCUGAGUUGCAGAGCACCCUCGUGAGGGACCUGCCUGCCCACAAGCGUCACGCCUUCAUGCAGCGCCUGUCCAGCGUUACGGAAGCCGCCGUCAAUGGGAAGAGAGAUUCCCUGAAGCAGAAGAUCUGGCUGGAGGCCCUGAAGGCCGGAGCGUGGGCCGCCGUCCCUCUCGUGGGCCUCUUCAGUGACAGUGAAAGAAAGAAGCUGGAGGACACCCUGAGCCUGUACAGGUCCCACUUUGGGGUGGAUGACGAAUCCCUAGAAAAGAUGGCCCAGGAUUUGCACGUGUCCCUGGAGGACCUCAAGGCAAACCUGCAGUCUCCAGACUUGCUGUCAGCCGAGAGCGAUGAGUCCUUCUGGGAGAAGACAAAGCAGAUGGUUGAGAUGGUUCUUUUAGUCACCGGAGGACCCAUUGCCACCGGCCUUCAAUUUACAAAGACAUUUUAUUUACAAAAUUAUUUCCUGGACAUUGUGGCAAGUGAUGUGAAAGCUCUCCUUGCAAAAGAAGACCUUUUCAGUGCCUCUGUUGGCUCUGCGGGGCUACAGAAAGAGGGAAACUGAGGUGGCCUGAGCCUCCUGCUCUCCUGGCUCAGGGCACUGGGGUGGCUACUGAGGUCCCCUGAGGCAGCUGGCCAGGCUGGAUGCGCUCAGAUGUGACCCCUGCUGGUGAGCAUGGUACAGGAGGCUGGCCUUAUGCCAAGAGGAGCGGACAUCUCACUGUGACUCCGCAGCCUGCUUCUUCCACACCAGGGACUCCGCUCACCGAAGACACGGCAGCCAAGAACUGCUGGGCGGUCCGCCACAGCCCAGUAUACGUUACAGGGAAGUGUGCAUUGCAUGUCUGUAAUGUCCCUGGUGUUCUGCCACAAGUGUUCAUUCCUGUCAUUAUAGGACAGUCAGUGCUGACUACGGUCCUUCUUGUUCCCUCCGGGUUCAUAGUUUCAGGUAAACCUGAAAGGCAGUGAGCUGAGCAUUGUGUGUGACCAGAUACGGCAGAGAAUCCGCAGCUCAGUGAAACUUUCCUCCAGGGCCCUCCUGUGAGGACAGCGGGCGGGAAUGCCUUGCAAGGAGUGCGCACUGCAGCCGGGGAUCCCGCUCUUCAACACAGAACGUUCCCCCUGGACUUCAGAGGGUGAGACACCGGAGAGGAGAGCAUAGUAAUAAAAUUAAGCUGGACAAAAAGAAGAGGCAUUAAAAUUUCUGAAAUAUAUGAAAUAUACGAAAACAUGCUCCACCUAUUAAGAGAAGUUAAAUUAGAAACUACACUAAGAUCCAACUUCUCAGCUAUUGUAGUUGGGAAAACUGCAAAAUCUAAUUUAUGGGUGAAAUUGUAGAAAAUGGCAUUUUACAUAUUAAGCUGCUGCCAAUAGAAAAAUGAUUAAAAACCAUGCUUGGGAAAUUAAACAGUCUGCAUGAAAUCUCUACAUGUGUUUGACCCAGUGAGCCCACUUUGAACACUACGCCACAAAAUUUGGAGAAGUGCAAAUAGCUAAAUGCUGAAGGUUACUGAAUGCAGCUGUUGGAAAUGGGACGUGGGAAAGAUUGUAAACAGCUCGAAUGUUCUUGAACAGGUUCCUCCAAAACAGGAGCCUUAAUAGCCAGGGCAGGAAGUAGGGAAAUCCUGCCCACCCAUUCCAGAGUGUACCCAGUGCCAGAAACACUGUGAUAAGUUGCUUCUGGUUCAAGAAAGCUCAAAACAGAAACAUAUUUUGCACGUAGGUUAAAGAAUGGAAACAACUUUGAAAUAAAAUGUCAUUUUUUGUUUCUUU